CCCGCAAAUCAUAGAUCAUAGAAGGCUCCCACAGAGCUAUAAAUUAACACACACGGCUCGUCGCACUCCUCUAUAAUUUACUUGUCCCUUCCACAAAUCAAAACAAAUUUUCGAAUACAAACAAUAGUACUAUUUUUCUCUUUUUGCUGCAAAUUCUCAUUAAAAUAUUUCUUAAAUUAUUCAAAGUAACGAUGUGUUAAAGCUCGCCAUUCUAUAUAAAUGAUCGUUCCUAAUGAAUGAAUAAAUUAUAUUUAAAUUUCAUCCAUCCUAUCUGUACGUUUGCAACUAAACUUAAAACACUACUAAAAUAUGGAAAACAAAAAUGAAGACAGGUUCCAUGAGUGUGGAAUGGAAGGAGUUUCGAUUAAAAGUGGAGAUUUCUCAGAUGAAGAUUCGUGCAGUACUCCUGUUGAAAUCCUUUCUGAAUUUCUUUCUGCUUUGAUGGCUCGGAACUACAAGUGUGCCUUGUAUUAUUGUAAGCUGAUCAUGUACUAUGAGCCUGAAAAUGAAGUGGUCCAAGAUUUUUAUCCUCUUAUUCAAGAAAAAAUUCAUUUAAAUUUUGAGUGCGAAUCAGAUUCAAGCUCUGAUGAAAACAUGCAAACCCUAUCAGAAUCUUCUACAGAAUAUUUUACGAGCACAUCUGUUGCUUCAGCCUCAGUCUGUUCAUCUUUAAGCAGUGAUGAAGAAGAGGACGUUUGCUUUGAAGUCUCCGAAUAAAAAUACACUCAUUAGUUAGUACCAUUGUCAUUAUAAAUUGAACACCAUGGGGAUCAGUAAUAGUAUGGAGAUGUAGUGAACUUCUCCUAAAUGAAUUAGUAUUAUUUUACCAUCAGUUUUUCUAAUUUGUUAGUAGCUUAUUUUUUUCCAGUUUGUACAAUUCACCAAAAUAGUCAGGCAUCGUCAGACGAUUUUUCACCUUUCAUUAAUUUUGUUUUCCAGUGUGUAACUAUUUCUUUUUAUUUAAAAUACUAUUAAUUUUUAAUUAUUUAGUUUUUUAGAAAUACUUUUUAAAAGCAACACCAUGUGAAAAGAAAAAUGUGGUUUCAUAUUACCUGAUCCGCCUAAGAUACCAUUCAGUUUUUUAUGAUGUGACGAAUAAAAAAUAAUUAAUUAUCUAAGACUGUGUAAUAAACUCCUUUUUUAAUUAAUGAAAGCUAUAAGCAAGUAAACACUGCCAUUAACUUGAAAAUUUUCUGCUGUCAGUACGCUACUGCGAUUGAUUCUGGGGUUAUAAGUGGGACACACGCGCAAACAAAUUCUUCAUUUUAUUAAAUAGAUUUGUCAUGUAUUAUAUUUAUUGAGAUAACCUGCGAUAUAAAUAAAAAUAAGGUUUAAGUCUGACCCCCCCCAAAAAAGAACUUAAUACUUAUUCAAUUUACUGUAAUAAAUUGCAAAGAUACUUCAUUUUAUUAGAUAGCAAAGUUUGAUGUUUGAAUAGGUACAAAUACAAAAUUUUUAAUUUUUCUACAUAAAAUGCUUAUAAUUUCUAAACUAUUGGUCUUAUUACCUUCCAAUCUUAUUCAAUAUAGCAUGAAUAAUUACAUCGGAAAAUAUGGUUAGGUAAAUAAUUGGUUUAGAUAGUUCCUUAAUAGUAGUUUAAAAAGUGUAUAUAAGAUAUGUAAGAAAUCAUAUAUUUCAUAUAUUUACGUCUGAACAAUUCAUUCUAUUGACUUAUUUGAUUCAGGAUGUUCAUAAAAACAGUUCUUAAUUUAGUUAAAUAGCUAAGUCUUAUGUAUAAAUUAAUAGAAGUGCGAAAUUGUACAUUUUUAUACAUAAAACCCUCUGCACUAUUGGUACGGUCAUCUUGUGAUUGGUCUAAAUCGAUUCAGCGGGAUAAAAUUUACAAUGCCUAUUCCCCUUGGAAAAGGGAGGAGCAUAAAAAGGUAUUUAUGACAAAACUUUCUAUGAAAAAUAUCACAGGUAUUAAUUUAUAAGAAGUUAAAGUCUAAUUUUACUUUACUAUUUUAAAAAUGAAUUCAUUUAUUUGCUGAUUUAUGCUUUAUAUUCCAUACAUUUUAUAUUUAAAAAAUUCUUUCACAGAAUUUCUUUUUAUUUAAAAAAAAAAUUCAUUUGCACUUUUUUUCCUUUAACAUUCAUUGUCAUUUUGAGAAUACAUUUCAUUCUACAUUCUUGUAAAUAUUAUUUAUUUUUAUAAUUUUUUCCUCAAACGCACACACAGAAAAAAUAUCCAACAUUAGAAAAUAUGUACCAUUUAUAAAAUGUUUUUUAAGGUAAAAAGGAAAAAAAAAAGCUUUUUUUCUUAGUAAUUUUACUGACGGCUAUGUAAUAACUUGUCUUUGUAAAUUAAAAAUAAGAUUACAGAAGAAGAGUGAAAUACACUUAAAGAAGUUACCUACACCAAUAUUUAUUAUACUAAUUCAUUUCUUUGUCAAAAGAUUAAUAAUUUUAAAUUUAAAAAUGAUUCUAAUGAAUCAAAUGAGUAUCACAUUAAGGAUGAAAAUUAUGUUUUAUACCAUUGUUGAGCAGUUCUCUCAGUUCAUUCAAUUGAUCAUAGUUAAUUGGAGACAAUAAAAUGAAUAUUUAAUGCUAGCUUUAAUGUAUAUUCAAUGAAUGAAAGUUUUAAUAUGAAAAAAAAGAUUAUUUUUCUUUUUUAAAAAAAUAUUUAGUUGAUUUUGUCUUUUUAUUUCAUAAAAAUAUAAAAAUAUUAAAGUUAACAUUCAAUUUAAAAAGUAUUCAGGUAAUUUCUGGAUUUCUGACUUUAAGAAUGUUUGGAUAUAAAAAUAUAUUUACUUUUUACAAGUCUUUAGGUGUGCAAUUUAUGGAAUAUAUAAUAGUUUAGUGUAGUUGAGUACUAUCUUGUUUUAAGUAUGACCUUUUAAAUGAUUUUAUAAACAAAUAGGAAUUGUCUUCUAGUGAAUGUUAUUUUUUGUUAUUUUAUUUUUAGUAGUCACAGCAUCUUACUGAGAAAAAAACUUAGUUUGUUAAUUAUAUUUUUCAUGAAUUUUUAGAUGAAACUAUUAUUUUGUCUACCAUGGCACAUUCAUAAUUUAAAGGAUUUUGGUGCCAAAAUUGACAAUUGUGUUAUUUUAUUAUUUUUAUCUGUAAAAAUGAAUUAGUUCUUUAGUAAGAUGCUGCCAUCAGUGGUUAUUGUAUUGCAUUUUAUUUUAUUCUGUGCCUUCAGUAUACUUUGAGGAACAAAUUUUUCUAUCAAUACUUAAAUUGUGAUAUGUUACUAUAAAUUGAACACUAUUGUAGUUUUAACAUAUGUGUAUUUUUACUAUAUCUGUUUUAAUGAAGACAAAUGAACUUUUUAUGUCUUUGUAUUAUUUUAAUGUAUGUUUAUUUCUUUUAUGUCAAAACAUCUUGUUAAUGUUUUAUUUUAAAUAUUUUAAUAAAAUCUUUCUAUGUAACAUAUAUUUUGAUGAAAUGUAUAAAUCAAUUUGUGUUUUAUACAUUUAUAAACUUUUUCUAAAUUUCCAAUUGUUUAUUUUCCUCUUCAAAUAAAAUGUAUCUUAUAGUAUUGAAUGGUGCAUUUACUUAAAGAUUUAAGUCUUUAAAUAAAAAGCAUCAAUUGAAAUAACUCUGUUUAAUUAUUUAAAAUAUUGAAUAUGUCUGGUGAUCUUUAAAUUUCAAAAUAUUAUAUUUUUCAAUUGCGUUUGCAACAUUGAUCCAGAAUUAAGUUUUUAGGUGAUAAAAAUAAACUUUUAACAAUUUUAUAUAAAUUAUAAUUUUACAUUGAUAAUAGUUUCAAUAUUCGUUUUUCUGCAAAAUUUAAUUUUUUUUAUUCAUUUAAAUUAAUAUGCUUAUUUUCAAAAUUAUAUAAAUUUCUGUGCACUUUAAGAAAAUUUAAAUAUUUACUAUUUAUUCACUAAUGAAUCCAUUAACGUAUUACAGCACUUUGAAACCUAUAACUUGUUUCUGCUCAAUUAUGUCCUUAAUCAUCUCAAUCUAAACGAGUAAUCUUCAGUUAUUAAUUAAAAAGGAAUUAUUUUUCUUAAUUUUUUACAUAAUUUGUUUGUUAUAUAAUUCUACUUCUUUGCAAUUUUCUUACAAAUCAAAAGAAAAUUCAAAGAUGUUUUAAUGAUGAAUCUUUCAAAAAUGAACCUUCCCUCAAAAUUGCCUUGAAUAAAUGAACAUGUGAAAACAGUUUUAUAUAAUAUCAAGAAAUGCCGAUUUCUAAGAAAAUUGUGAAAUUUUUUUUUAACUGUCUUUUUUUUUCUAGCUCGUGCAAUUUUCUUUCUUAUUUUCUAAAUAAACUCAUAUUUUAUUAUUAUUUUUACAGUUAAAUAACAAAAUGUUGAUUUUUUAAAAAUUAUACUUAAUUGCUAUUCAAUGUUUGUAUAGAUGUGAAAUUACUUAUCCAUUUGUUAAUAAAAAUCAAAGCAAUCUU